AUGAUUAUCCUCUCCACAAUUCUCCUCUAUCCUCUUCCGCCUCUCUGUAUCCUCUUCCUCCUUUCCUCAUCAUCCUCUUUCCCUCUUCUGCUAUCCAUCCAUACAAGCUCUUUCAUAGAUGAUUAUCCUCUUCCAAUUUCCUGCCCUUUUUUCCGCCUCUUCUGCUAUCCUGCUUCCGCCUCUUCUGCUUCUCCUCUUCCCGCCUCUCCUGCUAUCCUCUUCCACCUUUCCUCUCUUUCCUCUUCCAUCUCCUUUUAUCCUCUUCCAUCCUCUCCUGCUAUCCUCUUCCACCCGCCUCUUCUGCUAUCCUCUUCCACCUCUCCUGAAAUCCUCUCCCGAAUCUCCUGCUUUCCCUCUUCCAGCUCCUACUAUCCUCUUCCGCCUCUCCUGCUAUCCUCUCUUUUCUUGCCUCUAGGUAACUUUCCGCCUCUUUAUCCUCUUCCACAUCUCCUGCUUCCUCUUCUGCUAUCCAUCCAUCCAAGCUCAUUACAUAGAUCCGCAUUCUCCACUCUCCUCUUCCCGUCUUCCUGCUAUCCUCUUCCGCCUCUCCUCUUCAUUACAUGGAUGAUUAUCCUCUUCCACAAUUCCUGCUAUUUCUCUUCCAAUUCUCUAGGUAACUUUUCCGCCUCUUUAUCCUCUUCCUCUUAUCCCUUUCCGCCUCUCCUCCAUCCUCUUCCGCCUCUUACUGCUAUCCUCUUCUCACCUCUUCCUGCUUUCCUUGUUCUAGGUAACUUUCCUCUUUAUCAUCACCUCUUCCGCCUCUCCUGCUAUCCUUCCAUACAAGCUCCUCUUCCGAUCUCUAUCCUUUGUCCACAAUUUCUCUCUUUUCGCCUCUCCUGCUAUCCUCUUCCACCUCUUCUCCUAUCAUUUUCCGCCUCUCCUGAUCAUCCUCUUCCUUCUGCCUCCAUCAAUAUCCUCUUCCGCCUCUCCUGUCACUUUGCCUCUUUAUCAUAUCCCCCUUCUUCCUCUCCUGCUAUCCUCUUCAAGCUCAUUACAUAUCCUGAUUCCACCUCUCCACUAUUUCCUUCCACUUUUCUUGUUCUCCUAACUUUUGCCUCUUUAUCAUCACCCCCUUCCCACUCUUCUGCUAUCCAUCCUGCUAUCCUUCCCAUUACAUGGAUGGUUAUGGCUCUCCCUAUUUCCUCUCUCUUUUCUUCUCUCCUGCUUUCCUCUUCCGCCUCUUCUGCUAUCCUCUUUCAUCUCUCCUUUCCUCUCCCCAUCUCUCCUCUACCCUCCUCUUCUCUCCAUCUAUCCUCUUCCAUGCCUCUUAUGGCUACCCUCUUUCUCUCUUCUUAUCCUCUUCCGCCUCUCCUGCUAUCCUCUUCUCUCCUGCUAUCCAUUCAUACAAGCUCAUUACUGGAUGGUUAUGGCUCUCCUGCUUUCCUCUUUUUCUUGUUCUGCUAUCCUUUUUGCCUCUUAUCAUCACUCUUCCGCCCUCUUCUGCUAUCCAUCCAUACAAGCUCAUUACAUCCUGAUUCCGGCUCUCCUGCUUUCCUCUCUUUUCUUGUUCUGCUAACCUUUGCCUCUUUAUCAUCACCCUCUUCCUCUUCUGCUAUCCAUCCAUUCCAAGCUCAUUACAUCCUGGUUCCACCUCUCCACUAUUUCCUCUCCUUUCUUGUUCCUCUUCCGCUUUUCCUGCUUUAUCAUCUUCCCUUGUUUCUCUUCUGCUAUCCAUCUUCAAGCUCUCUACAUUAUGGAUCUUAUGGCUCUCCUGCUUUCCUCUUCUUUUCUUGUUCUAGAAACUUUUUGCCUCUUGCUAUCAUCUUCCCUCUCUGUUCCUCUUCUGCUAUCCAUCCAUCCAAGCUCAUUCCUCUUGAUUAUGGCUCUCCUGCUUUCCUCUUCCAUCUUGUUCUGCUAACUUUUGCCUCUUUUAUCAUCACCUGCUAUCCUCUUCCUCUUCUGCUAUCCAUCUUACAAGCUCAUUACAUUAUCCUCUUCCACUCUCCCACAAUUUCCUCUCUUUUCUUGUUCUAUCCUCUUUUGCCUCUUUAUCAUCACCCUCUUCCCCUCUUCUGCUAUCCAUCCAUACAAGCUCAUUACAUGAUUAUCCGCUCUCCACAAUUUCCUCUUCCCACUUCUCCUCUUCCGCCUCUUUAUCAUCACCCCUUUCUUCUGCUAUCCAUCCUUUCUUCCUCUCCUCCUUCUUUCCUCUUCUCUUGCUAUCCUCUUCCCUUGUUCCUCUUCUGCUAUCCUCUUCCAAGCUCAUUACAUCCCUGA